AUUGAGGCACGCCGAGACUAGCAGCGGAGAACUUCGCAAAAGGCUAAGCGUUGGUCUCGGCAGACAGACAGCAGUCCACGUAUAAACGGCCUUGGUAGAACCGAAAGCUUGAACUCUAACCUUGACCUCGUGAAGAAAACAUGGCUUCUUCGGAUGAAACACUGGAGCUUGAUAUGCCUCCUCUAGAGGAUGGUGAGCCCAUGAACACUCAGGAUGUUGAUUGGGAAGAUGAUGACGAAGAUGACCAGGAUGAUGAUUGUGAUGGGGAAGAUUUGACAAAAGGGCCAGUCAAAUGUUUGUUCUGCAGCAACAUCAUGGAAUCAGCAGAGGAUGUUUUCUUUCACUGCCAGAAGCUGCACAACUUCAAUCUGUUUACAAUUUGCCAACACUGGCAGCUGGACUGCAUAGGCUAUAUCAAACUCAUAAAUUUUAUCCGCUCUAAGACACCAUCUGCUGACUUUUUGAACCAACUUCAGCCUGGCAUCAAGCCACCAUGGGAGAAUGAUAUGUACAUGAAACCUGUUGAUCCAGAUGAUCUUCUUCUUCAGUAUGACAUAGAAUCUGAAGAUGUUGGACAUCAGAAUGUUGCACAACAACCAGAAUCUUUUUCUGGCACACUUUCCUGUACAUCAGCAAGUACAACAGAAGAACUGAGCUUGCAAGCACAAGCAGUUAUAGAUGAACUUAUACAGAGACUUCGUGCUUCAGAAACCAGAGUAGUACAAGCAGAAGCAGAGUUGCAACGGUUGCUGUGUGAUAAAGAGUUAAUCAUUGAACAUUCCAACAGAGAAUCUGAAGAUAUUGGACAUCAGAAUGUUGCACAGCAACCGGAAUCUUUUUCUGGCACCCAUUCCUGUACAUCAGCAAGUACAACAGAAGAACUGAGCUUGCGUGCACAAGCAGUUACAGAUGAACUCAUACAGAGACUUCAUGCUUCAGAAACCAGAGCAGUACAAGCAGAAACCAGAGCAGUACAAGCAGAAGCAGAGCUGCAACGGUUGUUGUGUGAUGUAGAGCAUUUAAGGGCUGUGGCUAGAGACCUGGUGUUGUCCGGAUCAGGGGGAGCUGGGGAUGCAGAAAGGGAUGAAGGCAAAACACAGCUUGGAGCCAUUGAGCAACUGACAGUGGAUGAAGAUGAUGCAUACUUUUCAUCGUAUGCUCGUAUCAGCAUACACACAGAAAUGCUUGAGGACAAAGUGAGAACAGAGAGUUACAGAGACUUCAUGCUAAAGAAUUCAGACAUAUUGAAAGACAAAGUAGUUUUAGAUGUAGGAUGCGGAACUGGCAUUCUGUCUAUGUUUGCUGUCAAAGCAGGUGCACGUCAUGUGAUUGGUGUGGACCAAUCAGAAAUCAUAUAUCAAGCUAUGGAUAUUGCAAGGGAGAACGGCUUACAAGACAAAAUAACAUUUCUGAAAGGAAGGCUUGAAGAUAUCACACUUCCUGUAGAAUUUGAGAAGGUGGAUAUUAUUGUGUCUGAGUGGAUGGGCUAUUUUCUGCUUUUUGAGUCCAUGUUGGAUACUGUUUUGGUUGCCAGGGAUCGUUUUCUGAAACCAGGGGGUUGUGUGUACCCAGACAAGUGCACAUUGUCACUGGUGGGCAUUGAUGAUCAAGAGAUGCACCAGAGACGUCUUGGGCGUUGGAAUGACGUUUAUGGAUUCCGUAUGACCUGCUUGAAGACUAAGGUCUACUGUGAAGCAGACGUAGAAGUUGUUUCAAGCAGCAAGUUGUUAACAGACCCCUGCUGCAUCAAAGGGAUCGAUGUUAACACCUGUUCACUAGAUGACCUGCAGUUCAGUGCCAGUUUUUCUCUUGAAUGUCAUCGUGAAGGACAGAUGACAGCAGUUAUUGGUUAUUUUGACAUUGGUUUUGAAUCAGAAUGCAGCCAGAAGAUACAUUUUAGCACAGGGCCAGCCAGUACUCCAACACACUGGAAACAGACUAUUUUUCUCUUACCCCAGCCACUGCCUGUGACAAAAGGAACAAAAGUGGAGGGCUCCAUACGUCUAAAGAAAAAUCGCCGGGAUCCACGUAGUCUUGUGAUUCUUCUUACACUCAAUGGCAAGGCUAGAGAAUACUUCAUGGAGUGACUUUUUUAAAGAAUGAACUUUGAUGAUGUGCAUCUAAAUAUUUACCCUCUAAAUUAAUGUCUCGACUGUAUGUAAUAAUAAACAAUUUUGCCUGUA